GUUGGAAAGUGUAGGUAGGCUACUAGGCAGAUUAGUAAUUCGGUUGAAUUCGGGUAGACAGUAGCAAAGACGCUGGUUUAUGUAAUUGGUUAUCUUAUGUCCAAAGAGUUACAUUUUGAAUACUGCGUAAAGCGGGUUUAAUAUACUUUAUUUAAACACUCUAACUUUGUUUGGUGCUUGUAAGGUGGCGUUAGGUGACUUCAGCGGCAUUGAAUCUUGAUUGUUUCCCAAAGACUGUUUUUGAUUCUUUAAAAAAAGACAAUCGUCCAACUUUGUCCUAGCAAAGAGGGCAAAGGAAAAGUUAGCAUUGAAGGAAAGUUUAUAUUGUACUAACGGCGCUCCAGAAAUGCGUGUGCCAAUAUAGAGGAUAUCAAAAUGAAGAGUGUACUUGUCUCUUGCAUCGUUUUUAUGUUAUUUGCCGAAGGUAUUGCAAUAAGGUGCUACGAAUGUUCUGCAUGUAACGAGAAAAAAGAACUUGACUCUUCUGAUAUCGUUGAAUGUGAAGAAGAACAAAAUGCUUGCACAAGGGUUCAUCUCAACGAAAAAAAUCAAAGCGGGAAUGACGUCUACAGAAGAUCAUGUGCGACAGGUUUGAAAGCAGAUGUAGAAAGCCUUGAAUAUACUUGCUCGGCAAGCGACGAAGCAAAUAUCAAAGAGACUUGCAUUUGCUACCAUGAUUUGUGCAACGAUGCCGGGAUUCCAAAUGCAAAAACCACAGUGAUCAUUCCACUUGUUUUCAUUUCAUCAAUAUUACUCAUGCUAAUGUAAAUAAACAGACAGAAAUACUACCAAAUGCAAUUUAAAUCGCCGUGUAAAAAUUAGAGAUCAUCUGACAAUUUUUCAUAAUCCUGUCGCCUGAUGAAAAAGCGCCUAACUAUCUUUUUUAAAAGCAUUAUUUUCAAUUUAUGUUAAAUUCUCUGUGUACUCUACAGGCAUUUUUUAUUAAUAUGAUUUUGCUCUACCAUGCCGCAAUUUUAAUUUUAUUUUAAUAUAUUUGAUCAUUGUUUUUUUGUUAGUAUAUGAAACACAUUAUAUAUACCAAAUAAGUAUUUAAAAUAGAAAAGAAAACCUCGAUCGUUCAAAUUGUCAGGGAUUAGAAGUAGCCAUUCUUCCGUUUAAUUUAGAUUAGACAACAAUUGAUGUUUAUAUUUUUUGUAUUUUCUAUUUUACUCAAAACUAAACUACCACUCAAAACUAAACACUACCAAUACGAUAAGAUGAAGUAAUACAACUUUCUCUUGGAAUAAUUUUAAAUUUAUUUGCUCAACAUAGUUAUUUUUAGUUUUAUAUCGUUUAUAGUAGUACUUGGUAUUAGUUUAGUUUUAUCACUGUGUUAACUAAUGAUACACAUCUGCAAUUUAAAGAGUGCUGGAUUUGAGAUUAUUUUCUCAUUUGAAAUAUAAAUCAACUCAAUAAUAUUUUCUUGCACAUUAGAUCUUUGUGCUAUACUAAUGAAUUUUGGGUCAAUAGCAAGGUCUCGUUUUAUUCACAGGUGCAUAUUUCAUAUGAUAUAUUACUCUGAUAUUAUCUAAUUCAAAGGAAACAUUAUGUUGUAUAUCCUAUGAUAUGUAAAAAAUGAAAACACACUAUUUUCACUCGAAGUUAUAAAGAAGAAAUUUAUUUGAAAUGUUA